GUGAGGGACGCGGUUACGUAACGUGAAGUGGAAUUGUACCCGACUGUGCAGGAGGGCACGGCGCCGGCAUUGGUGACAUUCAUCAAUCCGUGAAUCAAUUCUGUCGCGGAUCCACUGACCUCUCCGAAGUGAGGGGUGGAACUUAGGACCGAAGAAUUUAAGUUCGUGUUUCCGAAGGGAUCGUUUUAACAGCGUCAAGAUGGCGGCCUCCAUUCUCCGAUUAGGUCGAGCUGGGUCCCUCAAGUGUGUGCAGCUGGAAAGCUGGAGCACCUUGAGAAGGGCACCUGCUGCUGCACUCUGCACCAAAUCUGGAGAUCCCAAGAAACCAGCGAAAAAGACGAGCAUUACUCAACUGGACCCGAUACAGAAACUCUUCCUGGACAAGAUCCGCGAGUACUCCGCCAAGAGCAAGUCGACAGGUGGGCUGGUCGAUGCAGGCCCAGAGUAUCAGAAGAACCUGUCUGAGGAGAUGACCAAGCUUCAGCGGUUGUACGGUGGUGGGGACCUCACCAAGUUCCCAGAAUUCAAGUUCGCUGAGCCCAAGUUCGAUGACGCCGCCCCCAAGUGAAGAUCAUCAGUCAACACUUUUGGCGUGUCUUUUUUCGUGUCAGUACUGUUAGGUAAAAGAUGUCUAAUAAAGGGGUACAAUGCCA